CUACAGUUAGAGCUAACAACAGUUAAUUCCAUGUCAGUUAUUAGAACAAGACCGUCAUGCGGAACACGACAGGAAGCUAGCACUGGAAUAUCAAGACAGGGAAUUUGCUAAAGAGCUUCAGAGAAGAGAAUAUAUUAGAUUACAAAAGCUGAAGAGAGAGAGACAAUUGCAGAGAGCACGGACAGUUCCUGCAGAAAGCUCGUCUGGAAGUACAGGAGAACUGCAGUCGCAUCAGAGGCUUCCUUCAUACGAGGAAGCAACACACAGAAACAGAAUGCCCGAUCUACUGCAAGAUGAACCAACCUUCAAACCAGAACACGAUGCUCAAAGAGACAACAACUUACAUCGCCAAUACAGCUGCCCAGAGAGGCCAGCUACAUCGCAAUACAACGGUUCAUUUGAACGAGACAUAAAUGGUGCAAAAAGAUUGUCCCGAACCAGUUCUAAUUCUCCGCCGAGCACGUCACUUGAUAGAGAUGCGCUCCGCCAACAAGAAUACAGAUCGUCCGAUUCUCCAAACUCAUCGCAGCAGUCUUCGCUGGAAAGAUCGGCAGAGUUUGUUAGGCAAACUUCCCAAACGUCAUCAACAAGUUCAUCUUCUCAAUUUCAGGCUCUCACGUCUCCGACAUCCCAGGUCACCCAUGAAGAGAUCUGGGAACGACUCUAUGAGGAAGAUGACCAGAUUCCGUACGGUUCACGCGACCGCAGAGUCCUGGAGCGGAGGGUAACUGUGGCUAGUUCCGAGCCUUCUAAUCAUAUCAACACGGAGUUAAUCAACAACGGCAGUAUUCCCAACGGAAAUGAAUGCAACAUUGCAGAAUUUAUAGACCCCACUUUUGGCCGUAAGUCACAAAAUGGUAGUGCAGAAGAAGACCCUACACCCUUCCCGACGGGAGUUGAGUCGAAAGCUAAACCAGUGCCGCUGAUACAGCCGCACCGCAGGCGCAGCUCAGAUAAAAAGAAAAGAGAGAAGGAAAAAGAAUGCAAACAGCAGUGAGAAUCGGAUGAUAAAGCGGGUGUUGAAGAACUGUUCUUUUUCAUAAUAUAUAGUGAAUGGUGUCAGAGUUGUAAGCUUCGCCAAAGUCACUAGUAUUUUAAAAAGAAUUGAAAGCUGUUGGCAGUAAAACAUUGUUAACCUAAUACCAUAACAUAACCCGGCGACGUGUCAUCUCCGAGAACUGACAAUCGUGUUCAUGGGUCUUUUCCACGCUAAUUGUAAAGGAAAGCUAAGGGCACGGCAAAGUCCGUUUCACUAGUAAAAAAAAAAAUUGAGAAAAUUAUAGAAAACAGAUAAAUUUUAACGCGCCGCGUGUAACUCUGGGAAUGAGGCGCACGGAAAAUACCGCACUGCUGCUUUGUUCUCAGAACUCCGCGCGGCGCGCUACGUCAAUUUUUUUACUCUCUGAUAUUCUUUGACUUGCGUGACAAACUUCGCAGAAAACAAGGGAGUGCUUUUAGUCUAAGGGCACAAAAGCUCGAGACCAAACUUACCUCGUAGUGCUUAUGUAGGAAAAUGGUACUUUUAGAGUGCUCUCGCCUGUUUGUGCCCUCAUUUUGCUGGACAAUAGAAUUGUAACUAGGGCAGCACAACGACGAAGAUAUUUGUAAAAGAAUGUUGAGCCAAAAUUAUGAUUUUUUUAAAACUAAAAAAAUGAAAGAUAAACACCUCAAUUUAAGUAAGUUGGAAGUAAUUUAGCUCUCUUUUUAAGUGAUAUUUUUGCCUUUUUGUGUACUUUCUAAUCGACGAAACUGUUUCGUUCUUUGUAAGUUAUUCCAUCGAUUUAAGUAGUAAAUGGUAUCAUCUAGCAUUGAAGAAUCACGUUCUUUUUACCUCAUUAAAACUAUCACCUCUUAGUUGGCGAGAAAAAGUUUUCUUUCAGGAUAUUUUGACGCCGACUUGCGGCGUUUUUAAGACUUUAUAUCAAGCAGUUUUAAGAUUACAUUUUAUUUUUCAGAUUGUCCAAAAAUGAAGAGAUAAGUGCAAACUAUCGUAUGAUGUACAGAUUUUAAAUGCGUAAUGAUAGGGUACAAGAAAGUUUUCCACAGAAAUUCAGAGAAGCACGUUUUAGAGCUUUAUUUAAAUGUUGUGGCUCGCAGCCAUGAGUCGUGCACCAUCAUGCCACAAGUUAGAGAUGGAACUAUUGUUUUUAGAGAAGUAUGCUGAGUGCCAAAAGAAAUAAAACUUUCUCAAACGUAG